UGGCCAUACAUUUGCUUGCAUAGUAGAGAGCGAGUCUUGUUUUCUUCUUCCCUCUACAGCUCGACUACUAUGAAUCAUACACUGCAAUGGAUCAACCUUCUCUUGCCAGAUAUCCUGCUUAUUAUGACGUCUUCUUGAGUUUUAGAGGAGAAGACGUUCGCAAUAACUUCGUUGACCAUCUCUACAAUGCCUUGCAGCGAAGAAAUAUUUACACUUUCAAAGACGACGAGAAACUCGAAACGGGAGUGUCCAUUUCGCCGGCGCUCAAUAAGGCGAUCGAGGAAUCAUCCAUUGCCGUCGUCGUGUUCUCCAAGCACUACGCUGAUUCUACGUGGUGUUUAGAGGAACUGGCCAAGAUCGUGGAGUGUAUGAAGGGGAAGGGUCAGAUCGUUGUUCCGAUUGUCUAUGGCGUAGAUCCGUUAACAGUGUGGGAACAAAAGGACAGUUUCAAAGAAGCUUUUGAUAGACACGAAGAGAGGUUUGAGAAUGAAAGGGAAAAGGUGAAGAAAUGGAAGGAAGUGCUCGCAGAAGUAGCCAAUUUACCCCAUCACAUUCUCGAAAACGGGAAUGAAGCAAAUUUCAUUGAGAAAAUUGUUGAAGAUAUCAUUGCUAAAUUGGACACAAAAUCGUCAAGUGAUGAGCCACACCUCAUUGGGAUCAAUCCUCGUAUACAGGAACUGGAUUCAUUGAUAGACUUGGGGUCUAGCGAUGUUCGAUUUGUUGGUAUAUAUGGGAUGAGCGGGAUUGGAAAGACAGCUAUUGCAAGAGCUGUUUAUGACAAAAUCUGGAGUAAAUUUGAAGGUUCUUGUUUUAUUCAUGACAUUAAAAGCCAGUUGUUUUCAAAAGUUCAUCUGGUGGACUUGCAAAAAAUUCUUCUCUCAGAGAUUCUUUCUACCAAAGAUUUGCAAAUAAAUAAUACCUUUGAUGGAACCAUGACGAUAAAACAAAGGAUGCGUUGCAAAAAAGUGCUUAUUAUUCUGGAUGAUGUUGACCACAUGGAUCAAUUGGAGUGUUUGGCUAGAAAUGAUGAUUGGUUUGGUGCUGGAAGUAGAAUCAUCGUAACAACCACGAAACAACAGUUGCUUAAUAGCCACAAAGUUAGUUGUAUGAGAUAUUAUGAAAUGAGAGUGUUAGAUGAAGGUGAAAGCUCUCAACUCUUUAGGCAGUAUGCCUUUAAGAAAUAUCCACCUACCAAGAAUACCAAGGAAUUUGAGGGACUUGAGACUCAAAUCAUACGCUAUGCUGGUGGUAUUCCUUUGACUCUUAUAAACUUGGGUUCCUUCCUUUAUGGUAGAGGUAUUGAUGAAUGGGGAAGUGAAGUAGACCGACUUAAGGAAACGAAGAAGGUGGCAUUUUGGUGCAUCAAUUGAUACAAGAAAUGGGCCAGUAUGUCGUUCUCCAAGAAGAUUAAGAUGAUUCGACAAGCUAAGAUAUAACAAGUGGUGGCUACCUCAGAUGAGGUAAGUGAUCUUCUCAAAAUAGCAGUGUGAGCAAAGAAAAUCUCUAUGUAUUAACAUUAAAAAAUUCUAUACAAAAUAAAAUAUAUGAUUGUAUGGUAUAUAGACAUAUAGUGGAUACAAUUAAUCUUGGAAGAAAUCACACCAAUGGAGAAUUACAAAAUUAUAAUAACUCAAAAGAUUGGUUGAAAAAAUUUAAAAUUUUUUAAAAAUACAUUUUUCAACCAUGUAAGGUUGUCAUAAAUUUUGACUAACAUAAAAGGAUGAUCCGAACUUUUUUAAACUCAACAAAGACCUAACUUUGUUUAAAAAAAAAAAAUCAAAAAAAGACCUAACUUUUUGACCACCAAAGUGGUUAAAUAGUUUUGGUGGUCAAAUUCAAAUUUCAAAAUUUUUUGAAAUUUUGAAUUUGUUCUAUAUAUUUGUCUCUUGCAAUUCUAUACAUUUCUUUCCUUAUCCCACUUGGCAUCUCUUAAUAAAAAAAAUAUAGGAUUAAUAUUUGAUGCAUCGCCGAUGUAUAGAUGCUAUACAUCACCGGCGGUGAAGGAAAAGUGAAGAGCAGUGAUACGUGGUGAGGUGUGAUAAGAGAUAUGAAAUGAAGGGUGAUGUUAAAAUGAAGAGUCUUGAACUUCCCGAGUGUCGUGUCUCACGUGGAUAGCAAAUUGGAGAAUGUAGGUUUCCUAUCUUGUAUGGUUUAGAUAACACUAUAGUAGAGGAUGUAGGGAUUAAAUAAGUAAGGUAGGGAGAGUGCAAAGGUUGGGUUGGUUGAUACAUAUGAUUUUAUACCUUUAUUUGCCCCACGAUUCAGGAGUUUUAUUGUUUAUUUCCUUUACCUUGAUACAUUUAAGGCUCGUUUGUGUGUUACAUUUGGUCAAUUUUAGUUUGUUCACAAAUAAGGAGCAAAGGAAGGAUUUUCAGUCAUCUUGGACUAGUUUUCGAGACAUAAGGAAUCUACCCCGGGACGGAAUGGAGCAACGAAGCACAAAAGGAGACAGAAGAGGACCAGGAGGCCGCCUCACGGCCGUGAUGGCGGCCGUGACCUCCACCGCGGACAAGCAGCUGGCCACGCCACAUCACGGCCCCGAUCUCGGCCGUGAUGGUGGCCGUGACCUGGCUGCUGUCCAGUAUUUAUUCUGCGAUUUUCUGAUAUUUGGGACAUUCCGAGCCCUAGUUUAGUUAAUUGCAAUUUUUCCCUUCUUUAGAGUUUUCCAUAGCAUAGAAUAGAGCAGAUUUACAUCAUUGAAUUCAGUUUGGAGCUUGGAAUCAUCGUUUGGAUUGAAAUUGCUCUCAAGAAUUGUUAGUAAAGUUUUCCCUUUUUA